AUGGAAGGUGGCACCCGGACCGGAUCGAUGACAUUGACGCCCCGCUCCACUCACCUGGCACCCUCCCAAUCCGUCUUCUACUCCCCCUCCCCUGUCGCUACUCCUGUCGCCGUCACUCCCCGCCGCUCCAACUCGCACCCCGCUGCCCGCCUCCGCCUCCGUUGCUGCUGCUCCGCCGGCGAUCCGGCGGCGAUGGUGAAGGCCAUCAGGGUCCACGAGCUCGGCGGCCCCGAGGCGCUGCGGUGGGAGGAGGUGGAGGUGGGCGAGCCCGGUGACGGCGAGAUCCGGAUCCGGAACACCGCCAUCGGCGUCAACUUCAUCGACGUCUACUUCCGCAAGGGCGUCUACCCCGCUCCCCUCCCCUUCACCCCCGGUAUGGAAGCUGUUGGCGUGGUGACUGCCGUGGGGCCCGGACUGACCGGCAGGAAAGUCGGGGAUGUCGUCGCGUACGCAGGCAAGCCUAUGGGUUCUUAUGCUGAAGAGCAGAUUAUUCCAGCCGAUGUCGCUGUUCCUGUCCCGCCUAAGGUGGAUCACAAGACAGCGGCUGCCAUCAUGCUCAAGGGGAUGACUGUUCAUAUGCUAGUUCGCCGCAUAUUCAAGGUUGAGACCGGCCAUACCGUUCUCGUCCACGCUGCUGCUGGUGGAGUUGGAUCACUCCUUUGUCAAUGGGCGAACGCCCUUGGUGCCACUGUCAUUGGAACUGUUUCAAAUGAGGAGAAAGCCACACAUGCACAUUUUGAUGGAUGUCACCAUGUGAUCAUGUACACAAAGGAAGAUGUUGCAACCAGAGUCAAGGAGAUUACAGGUGGAAAAGGUGUAAAUGUGGUCUAUGAUUCUGUUGGGAAGGACACAUACAAGGCAUCCCUGGAGUGCCUGGCGUCCCGCGGUUUCCUGGUGUCGUUCGGGCAGUCCUCGGGCUCGCCCGACCCGAUCUCCAUGGGCGACCUGGCGUCCAAGUCGCUGUUCCUGACGAGGCCGAGCGUGAUGCACUACACGGGCACCCGCGACGAGCUGCUGGAGGCGGCGGGCGAGGUGUUUGCCAACGUGGCCAACGGGGUGCUGCACACCCGCGUGAAGCACACCUACCCGCUGUCGGAGGCGGCCCGCGCGCACGCCGACCUCGAGGCCCGGAAGACCUCGGGGUCCGUGCUGCUGAUCCCGUAG